AUGUUCGCCCGAUAUAAGCCUAAAGCUCCUAAACCACAUUUCGUCUCAUUCAUCGACAAGUCUUCUCAGCCCUCCGGCGGACUAGGUGUCAGUGGAACAGAGAAGUCCGCCAUAUGGUGCAGACAGACAGAAUUUGGCCACUUAUCCGAGGGAAUUGAGACAUCGAUGAUGGCAGCAACUAAAGCUUCAGUUUUUCUCGCCAAGGCAACACAAGUCGUCUCUAUGUGCAUGUGGGGUUGCUGUGUGAUUGCUGUGGCGGCGUUCAGGGGUGGGCAGGAGUGUCAACAGGCCGACAACAGUUUGGCUCAUCGGCGCAAGAACUAUUAUUGCAUACGGCCCCGCCUCUGCCUCAGGCAAUGGGACGAUUCGCCCACCGAAUUGACCAACAUCGCUAACCGGCGUUGCCUUCCACUUCACAUCGAAUCCACACACUUGGUCACCGUGACGCCGGGCGUCGACUCCAACCCAAGUCAGGUCAACAGGGUCAUUGAGCCUGCGCUGCUGUCAGUUCGCUAUGGUGUGGACUGUUUCACCAUAUCCGGCCCGUGGAUCGAGGAUAAAGCAAAGAGAAAUGAAGAUCUUCGCUCUGCAGUUCGCUUCGAAAUACCUCCCCAAAUGCCAUCCUCAGGCAAGCUGUAA